GUUUCGUUUCAUUUCAUUUGAAAAAAAAAAUAGAAAAUAAUAUACAUAGAUACAAAUCGACUGCCUGAUUGUUCAUCUUCUCCUCCCUGUAUUCAUACUUCAUAGUUUAGCUGAGUAUUUGGUGGUUUUAACAUAAUGGUUUCUCAAUCUGCUGAAGACGACGAAUGUGAAACUGCAGGGGUUUUCAGCGAAACCAGGGAUAGACCACCCUCACAUUACGUGCUCAAACUUGAGUCCUUUUCGCUGUUUUCUGCAAAUGGAGUGGAUCAUAUCGAGUCAAACAGCUUUCAAGUUGGAGAUCACAAAUGGAAGAUUAAAUUGUUUCCAAAGGGAAAUAAUGAGGGCAAGGGUGAUCAUGUGUCUUUAUACCUUUUGUUGGAUAGCACCAGUUCUCUACCUGUUGGUAAGGGCGUUAACGCCAUUGUGAAGUUCUUUUUACUCGACCAAAUUCGAGGAGAUUAUCUAGUUGUUCAAGGGAAAGCAAAUCGUUUUGACAGCUUUAAAUGUGAAUGGGGUUUUGAUAAGUUCAUCUCUUUAAAAGAAUUUGUAGGGGAAGCAAAUCGUUUUGAUAAGUUCUUUGGAGUUGAGGUUUUCAUAUGUGAAGGCUUACCUCUAGGCGAAUGUUACUCAAUAUCGAAAUUUGCCAAUAUAUCUGGUAAAUACAAGUGGGUGGUUACUCAAUUUUCAGGGUUGAAGGAACCUCAUGAUUCUGAUGAGUUUGUUAUCGGAGGUUAUAAAUGGAAGCUUUCGCUAUGGCCUGAAGGCAACAAAAAGUAUAAAGGUUGCAGUCUUUCUAUAUUUCUGGUGUCUGUGGAUUCCAAAAGUUCCACGACUGAGCACGAGGUGAAAGCUGAGUUUGAGCUAACACUUAAUGACCAGUUAAAACAGAAAAAUAUAAAGAACAAAGCUACAAAGUGGUUUGGUGCCUCUACAACAGACUGGGGUUUUCCUUCCUUUAUCGAACUGACUGAUCUUAAAGAUGAUAAAAAGGGUUAUUUAGUUGCUGAUGAAUGCACAUUUGAAGCUGAAGUUAAAGUGCUUUGUGAAGGCAGUCGCAAGACUCUGAAGUGCUAAGUUUCUCUUAUUUGCUGGUGUCAAUUAGUUGGCAAUUGUGUUAAUUAGCCCUAUGUUCCCCAGUAUGUUUUUGGGAUUGUCUUUGCAAACAUGCACAUUUCGUUUUUGAACCUUAUGUUCUGACUUGUGCAUGUAACUGGUAUGCUGAAGGCCACUUGGAUUUGCUUGGUUCUAAUGUUAUUACAUCGCUUCUGUCUGUAAUACUAUCUACUUAAAUUCGAUGUAUGAUACAAGCACCGCUUGUAAUGCUGUGAGCAAGAAG